CACACACACUCCGCCCAGCAUGGCCAACACUCCCCACGGCGGCGUCCUCAAGGACCUCAACGUCCGCGACGCGCCCCUCAAGGCGCAGCUCGCGCAGGAGGCAGCCGGCCUGCCCGACAUCGUCCUCACCGAGCGCCAGCUCUGUGACCUCGAGCUCAUCCUCAACGGCGGCUUCUCGCCGCUCGAGGGCUUCAUGGGCAAGGCCGACUACGAGUCUGUCUGCGCCAACAUGCGCCUGGCCGACGGCUCGCUGUGGCCCAUGCCCAUCACGCUCGACGUCUCGCAGGAGCAGGCGGCCACGCUGAAGCUGGCGCAGGGCGUGCGCAUCACGCUGCGCGACCCGCGUGACGACAACGCACUGGCCAUCCUGACGGUGUCGAACGUCUACACGCCGAACAAGAGCAACGAGGCUGUGACGGUGUUCGGCAAGGAGGACCGCGCACACCCGGCCGUCGCCUACCUGCAGGACAGCGUCAAGGAGCUGUACGUCGGCGGCAGCGUGCAGGCCGUCAGCCGCCCGCUGUACUACGACUACGUCGAGCAGCGCUACACGCCCGCCGAGCUGCGCCAGCACUUUGCCAAGGUCUCGUGGCGCAAGGUCGUGGCGUUCCAGACGCGCAACCCGAUGCACCGCGCGCACCGCGAGCUCACCGUGCGCGCCGCCCGCCAGCGCCAGGCCAACGUGCUCAUCCACCCCGUCGUCGGCAUGACGAAGCCGGGCGACGUCGACCACUACACGCGCGUGCGCGUGUACCAGAGCCUCAUGCCGCGCUACCCCAACGGCAUGGCGCACCUGGCGCUGCUGCCGCUGGCCAUGCGCAUGGGCGGCCCGCGCGAGGCCCUCUGGCACGCCAUCAUCCGCAAGAACUUUGGCGUGACGCACUUCAUCGUCGGCCGCGACCACGCCGGCCCGGGCAAGGACAGCACGGGCAAGGACUUCUACGGCCCCUACGACGCCCAGGUGCUCGUGACGGAGUACAAGGACGAGCUGGGCAUUGAGAUGGUGCCGUUCCAGAUGAUGACGUACCUGCCGGCGUCGGACGAGUACCAGCCCGUGGACGAGGUGGCGCCGGGCACGCAGACGCUCGACAUCUCGGGCACAGAGCUGCGGCGGCGCCUGCGCAACGGCGCGCCGAUUCCCGACUGGUUCUCCUACGAGAGCGUCGUCAAGACGCUGCGCGAGAGCUACCCGCCCAAGGCCAAGCAGGGCUUCACCAUCUUCCUCACCGGCCUGUACAACUCCGGCAAGGACGAUGUCGCGCGCGCACUGCAGGUCAAGCUCAACGAGCAGGGCGGCCGUUCCGUCUCGCUGCUGCUCGGCGAAUCGAUCCGCUCCGAGCUCUCCUCCGAGCUGACGUACAGCCACGAGGACCGCCACAAGCACGUGCAGCGCAUCGGCUUCGUCGCCGCUGAGCUCACGCGUGCCGGUGCUGCCGUCAUCGCCGCGCCCAUUGCGCCCUUCGAGGCUGGCCGCAAGGCCGCCAAGGCGCAGAUCCAGUCGACUGGCGGCUCGGGCAACUACUUCCUCAUCCACGUUGCCACGCCGCUCGAGUACUGCGAGGCCACGGACCGCAAGGGCCGCUACGCCGAGGCGCGCGCCGGCAAGAUCGCCAACUUCACGGGCGUGUCGGACCCGUACGAGGUGCCCACCAACGCCGACCUCACCAUCGACCUCUCGGCGCUCAAGGUCUCGGAGGCCGUGCACCAGAUCCAGCUGCUGCUCGAGGCCGAUGGCCUUAUUUAG